AGGCUGACUGUCAUAUGCCAGCAUUGCUAAUAUGUUUAUUGACAAAAUUUGAUAUUGCAAUUCCCCUUAUCUUUUGGUUGAAGCUUACAUUUGUCAACAUUCUGAAAAUUCACAGGCUGCGGGCAGCUUUCUGUGAGGCGAUUUCUGUUUGGCAUUUGUAGGGACAAAGUCAAAGCUACGCAUAUGAAACAUUGGACAUAGCAGAUGUGGGAAAUACCAAUUCGAUAAGCAGGACGAAAUAUUCAAGAAAACCAUAACUUGGAUUGCACCAAAUAUUCACCCUACAAAGCCGAAACUGCGGGGCAGCAGAUAUUUCCGUCCAAGGGCUAAACGUUUCAAGGGAGGACCUUUGAUAACACGGAAACGGCUUUGACGAGAGUCAGAAGAGGGGCUGGAAGCACUUUGCUGCAGUUAACAGGCGAAAGACUAUGGCUAAAUUCUUUGAACAUUUAGUGUUUUUUGCAAUUUGCAUUUUGAGCUCGGGUGUACAUAUAGCCGUAAAUUUGCAAUUACCAAGUUCACUAAGAAGAGGACAGUUUUACCCAACCAAAGGUGAAUCAGAUCCCAUAAACAGUGAAGCAUUGCAAUGCAGGAGUAUUCGAGACGUCAUCAAAAGGAACACUGCCAGAUACAGAAAAGUUUUAGUUCGCAAUGACAACAGCAUGAUUGACUUUGGGAGCAAUGACGAUAAUAAAUACAUGACAUCACGAGCGAAAAGCAAGCUCGAUGUACUGGCGAGCAGAGUACAAGCAAAAUGGGGACGACUGAAAGUCGACAAAGCCUGGACAGAUGUUGUAGGAGCAAACAAGCUGUCAUUACACUAUGAAGGCAGAACAUUGAAAGUAAGAUUGUCUGCAAACCAUUUGAAUACAGAAUCAAACCUCGGUCAACUGUGUGGAAUGGCUUUGGUAUCAGGAUUUGACUGGGUUUACUUCGAAGGAUCCAAUUACAUUCGGAUCAGUGUUAUUCCUGAUGUUUGUCAAACUAAAUUGGACAUGGCUUUCGUUAUUGAUUCGUCUGGAAGUGUUGGAAUUCACAACUUUAACAAAGUGAAAACCUUUCUUAAAGAUAUUGUGGACUAUUACAAUGUUGGUUUUGAUCAAACAAGAAUUGCACUCAUCACAUACUCUUAUAGGAUACGAGUCGAAUUCCUGCUGAACAAAUAUGGAACCAAAUCAGAAAUCAAAUCAGCAAUCGACAGUAUGUACUAUGAAGGCAGUGUAACGGCGACCGGUAGUGCCCUGCUAAGGAUGAAGGACUACGUAUUCUCUACAGCUUAUGGCAGUAGAAAUGACAAGGCUAUCCCCAAGAUCGGCAUUUUGAUAACCGAUGGUAAAUCAAACAGUGGAUACAAUGUUCCUGCUGCUGCUAGCCAAGUGAAAGCAGCCGGGAUCAAUAUGUUUGUCAUCGGCAUUGGCAGCAACUUGAACCGGGGUGAACUCAGCACGGUUGCAAGUGACCCGGACUCAGAGCAUCUCUUCUUCUAUGGUUUCAAUGAUUUAUCUGGAUUUGUUGAUCAAAUGAGCACAACCUCCUGUGACGAAGGAGCACAGAUAAGUCAGUGUGAAAGUGCAGAGACGUAUGUUGACGGGGGGUCAUUUAAGUACUUCAGAGGAAGCUUCGGCGCCAGUACAAGCAAGGUUACUAUCGAAUUAGAAGAUGUUGGCGGCAAAAGUUUCUUGUAUACCUCAACGGAGAACAAGAAUCCUGGUCCACUUGACAAAGAUGGAACAACAAAGAACACAAAUGCAGCGUCGCCGAAGGCCACCUCUGUCACUCUGAAAUCAAACAAGCUUGUAUAUAUCGCAGUACAGGGUCAAGAUGACAGGAAUAGAUUCAUCCUCAAUAUAUGGGACUCUCUUUUUGAUAAAGACACAUAUCUUGCAAGUGUAAAAGAGAACUUGCCUGCAAACCACUUCGUUCAAACCAUAAGAACCACAGCUAGUGGAACGUUCCAUUAUUCUAUCAAGUAUGGUAACAACCUAGGUCACUUCAAGAUCAAUAGUGAUACAGGUGAAAUACGAACAACACAAUCAUUGGACAGGGAAGCUGUAGCAAAGUACAAUUUAGUCAUCAUAGCAGCGGAUGUAAAUCUACGGUGCCACAAAGGCAGGACGGAGCUUGUUGUCGAGGUUUCAGAUGAAAAUGAUCAUAGGCCUAAGUUUGACAGAAACCCUUACCAAUUUACUAUUCCUGAAAAUAUGGCUGUGAACCAUAAUUUUGGUUUAGUUUCUGCCACUGACAAGGAUAUCGGCCCUAAUGGCCAGUUGAAAUAUUAUAUCACAUCUGGGCUAGGGAAAGACGAUUUUUACAUGGAUCCGAACACUGGACGAAUCAGAGUUGCAAGAAGUUUGGAUUUUGAAAAUGAUCCAGGAUACUCAUUCAGAAUUCGAGUCGAAGAUGGUGGAAAUCCAAAAAAAUACGACGAAGGAGAUUUGGUAAUAAAUCUACAAGACAUAAAUGAGCCGCCACGUUUUGCAGACUGUGUCGCAGGGUGCAGUGAGCGCGUCGACGAAGGCAACGCCCUCGGUCGAUUUGUCAAACAAGUAUCAGCAACGGAUCCGGACAAACAUGGCUGUACGUUGAAAUAUUACAUUACAUCGUCGGAUAAAGACUAUUUUGCAAUAGGUGAGACCAAUGGACGGAUAACUACGAAGAAAGCAAUUGACCGUGAAACAAAAGAGGUUUAUGAAUUGCAAAUAAUCGUGAGAGAUUGCGCCAGUCCAUCAUUGACAGACCGAGUUACCGUUUCUGUAACAGCCAAUGACAUCAACGACAAUGCACCACGGUUCCCUGUUGCCAAAUACGUUGCCACUGUCAAUGAAAAUCAACCAACUGGCACAACAGUGACGUCAGUUCGUGCAACAGAUGCUGACCUUGGUGUGAAUGCAAGAAUAGCAUACACAAUUUCAGGAGGAAACAACGAUGCAAAAUUCACGAUCGAUUCAAAUACUGGUCGUGUUGCAACGACAGGAGCUCUGGACAGAGAGACAAAAGAUAAAUAUGAGCUGACAGUGACAGCCACCGAUGGAGGCUUACCGAGGUUAUCAUCCUCAGUACAAGUUGAAAUAAUUGUUGGAGAUCUAAACGACAAUGAUCCUGAGUUUGAAGGAAGUAGAAAUUUUCAGGUAACAGAGAAUUCUCGACGAGGGACCUUGGUUGGAUUGGUUAAGACAAAAGAUAGGGAUACUGGUGCAAAUGGCAGAAUUCGAUGUAGCAUAACUGGUGGAAAUUCUGGAAAUGCAUUCAGUAUGAAUCCAGCAACCUGCCAGAUUUCAACUGUUGGCAUCAUUGACAGGGAAACGAAGGCUUCUUAUAAUCUGCUUGUGAAGGCUGCUGAUUUAGGCCAACCCUCACGCAGCAAGCAAACCACAUACACGGUGUCAAUCGGAGACGAGAAUGACAACUCGCCCAUUUUUGCAUCAACAACGUAUAGAGCAUCUAUAAAGGAAAACUCUGCUAUUAAUUCGCAAGUUGUUAAGAUUUCCGCAACAGACAAAGAUGCUGGCACAAACUCUCAGAUAGCAUAUUCAAUCGUCUCUGGCGAUGACAGCUCUAAGAAGUUUAGCAUUGACAGGCAGAGUGGCCAAAUCAAAUUGAUUGGAGUGCUGUCUUUCGGCGUCCGGAAUUCCUACAACCUGCGGGUUCAAGCCCAGGAUGGUGCUACUUCUCCUCGCAUGGGCCAGACAAACGUCAUCAUAACUAUUGUGGACACAAAUGAUCAUGCUCCUGUGUUUAAUCCAGCAAGUUAUAGCAAAGACGUUCCUGAGAAUGCUCCCGGUGGAAGCGCGGUUUUGACUGUGAGAGCCACGGAUCAGGAUUCGGGUCCAAGCGGAGAAAUUUCGUACUUGAUUGACAGCGGCAACAUUAAUAACGUCUUUGUAAUCAACAGCCAAACAGGUGCAAUCCAAGUCAACAAAGCUCUAGACCGUGAAACAAAAGACUCGUAUGCUUUGAUAGUAAAAGCAAAAGACAGCGGUUCACCUUCCCGGUUUGCCACUGCUUCGGUUACAAUUCGCAUUACCGAUGUUAAUGACAAUAAACCAAAGUUCAACGAAAACCCGUUCACUUUCAGAGUGCCGGAAAACGCCGCAUCGCAAACGCAAAUCGGACAAAUCACAGCAACGGACAAAGACAUUGGGGUGAAUGCAGAUUUAGAGUUCAAAAGCCUUACGACCGGAUCACCGAUAACUGUGGAGCCAAACGGAAUAGUCAAAGUCUCCGGAAAACUGGAUUAUGAGGCUACCAAAAAAUAUACGUUGAAUGUCCAAGUCAGUGAUAAAGGCAACCCUAAGCUCACGGAUACCAGCACUGUAAUCGUAGAGGUGCAAGAUGUUAAUGACAACGCGCCAGUAUUUAAAGGGCCGUUUACGUGCGAAAUUUUGGAAAACUCACCGUCAUCCACCACAACUUGCUACGUAGUCGCAACGGAUGCUGACUCCGGUGAAAAUGCAAGGAUUAGGUAUUCCAUUGCGGCAGCCGCUGCUUCUGGAGCAUGCCCAUUCAACAUUGAACCUAGUACUGGUAAAGUGUCAAGUACACGAAGUUUGGACAGGGAGGCCUCAUCAACAUACAGUUGCGUCGUGACUGCAGCGGACUCCGGUCAGCCUACAAAAUCCAGUCCGCAGAGCAUCCUUGUUACGGUUAAGGACGAGAACGAUAAUGCCCCAAUUGCAAAUCCAGUGUCGUAUAGUUUCAAUAUUACUGAGGAACAGACUACAAAUCUUCGCCUGGGGUCCAUCAUGGCUUCUGAUCGUGACUCAGGAGAGAACCAAAGGCUUACGUAUACUUUGAUUGCAAACCAGGCGACGAAAGUUAAAUUUACAGUAGAUGCAGCAAGUGGAGCCGUGUCUGCGACCGGAAAGCUUGAUAGAGAAAUAACAUCAUCGUUUUCAUUUGUUGUGCGAGUAUCGGACAACGGACAGCCGUCAUUGUAUGUUGACACGAAAGUUGAUGUUGUUGUUAAUGACAUCAACGACAAUGCACCAAUUUUUGGCAGAGAUCCAUACACAGGUAGUAUCCGAGAAAAUUCAGGCGCGGGGUCAAAAAUUGUUCAGGUAACUGCAACUGAUGCGGAUGCCGGUAGCAAUGCCAAAAUCACUUAUGAAAUUACUGGUGGCAUGUACAAAGGCAACUUCUCGAUAGAUGCUAGUACGGGCUUCAUCACAACAGCGCAACCUUUGGAUUACGAGAAGCUGGCUAAGUAUGAACUUACUGUUCUGGCAAAAGAUGGCGGAAUUCCUCAGAAAUCAAGCACUGUCAAGGUUUCUGUUAAUGUUAUAAAUGUCGAUGACAAUGCUCCAGAGUUUGGGAAAACAUCUGAAGCAAAGGUUUCAGAAGGUGCUGUGAUUGGAACUGCAGUCGUGAAGUUCAAUGCAACAGACAGGGACGGGGGUACGCUCACAUUCUCAAUCCGAGGUGGAAACACUGGGGAUGCAUUUCUUAUCGGCACCAGAACGGGAAUUCUGAAAACCAAAAUAUCACUGGACAGAGAAUCAAUCGCCAAAUAUAACUUAACUGUCGCUGCAUCAGAUGGUAGUGGCAAAACAACAAAUGCUCAUCUCCCUGUCAAAGUAACAGACAUCAAUGAUAAUGCUCCAGUUUUUGGUCAAAACUCAUACAGUGGAAGCAUCAGAGAAAACGAAAUAUCUGGUUAUUCCAUACUCAAAGUUGCAGCAACAGAUAGAGAUGAGGGUACUAAUGCUGAAAUCGAGUACGAAAUCGAAUCAGGAAUUACCAAAGAUGCAUUCAAAAUUGAGGCAAAUGGGGAUUUAAAAACCACUCGCGCUUUGGAUAGAGAAUCGCACCCCAGUCACCAGCUUGUUAUCGCAGCUAAGGAUAAAGGAACUCCUUCACUGAGGUCUACAGUCCCUGUCACAGUAACGGUUACUGACCAGAAUGACAACACACCAAAGUUUGAUCAGGUACCAGCGAAACAAAUAACUGAGAACUGCGGCGUUGGUGCUACGAUCACUGUAGUAAGAGCCAAUGAUCCAGAUGAUGGCCUAAACGGACAAGUCAAGUACGAGUUGAUUUCUGAAGACGGAGCCACACCGACCACUUUUGAAAUCGGAGAGACCAAUGGUGUCGUUAAAACGAAAGUCGACUUGGACAGAGAGAAGAAGAAUUCGUAUUCACUCAAAAUCAGGGCAUCUGACAGUGCCUCUGGGUUGCAGAAAAAAUGGGCGGAAGAAACCUUGUCAAUUACGGUGCUCGACGAAAAUGAUAAUAACCCAGCAAUCGUGCACCCAGCAGCCAUUCCAGAAGUGAGCGAGAAUGCAACUCUGAACACAGUGAUAACUACACUGAGAGCUGAAGAUAAAGACGAGGGCUUGAAUGCCCAGGUUGGUUUUGCUAUUGUUUCCGGAAACACAGGUGAUGUCUUCAGCAUUAAUGCAGAUUCGGGAGCGCUUAAAGUUGUGAAAGCUCUGGACAGAGAACAGAUUCCUUCGUACACUUUGGCUAUCAAAGUUGAAGACAAAGGGAAGCCACCUUUGAGAAGCACCAAAACAUACACUGUCAAUCUCAAGGAUGUUAAUGACAACGGACCAAAAUUUACACUUACUAAAUACACAGGCCGCAUCGCAGAAAACGUUCCUGUUGGUGCAGAUGUUGUAAAUGUGACAGCGACAGACGCUGACGCAGGGACAAAUGCAGUCGUCACAUACACAUUCAGCUCGCAAACAACAGCAACAACAUUCAACAUUGACGCAGCUACUGGAAGAAUUACAACAGCAGGAAAAAUUGAUUACGAGGUUAAACAAAGCUACAAAUUCAAAGUUAAAGCGAGCGAUGGAAAAUUUGAUAGCGAGGCUGAUGUAGAGAUAGAGGUCAUAAACCUUAACGACAACAGUCCUAAGUUUGAAAGAGAAUACACUGUUGCAAUUUCUGAAUCACGGCCAGUCAGUUCUAGCGUGACUACCGUUAUAGCAAACGAUCUUGAUUCUUUUGGAGCUUUGUCCUAUUCAUUGCUAAACAAUACAUCCUCUUUUGCUAUUGACACUCAAACUGGAGAAAUCAAGACUACAGUGGGCCUUGAUCGUGAAACAACAAGCAACUACGUUAUAAGAGUGAAGGUUGUGGACGGAGGAGUACCCCAACGUUCAGAUGAAACCACGGUAACAGUAAAUGUUGAAGAUAUUAACGACAACGCUCCCUAUUUUAACAAGAGCUCUGAUAAAAUUGAUGUUAUGGAAAACGAAAAUGUGAACUCUUUCUACACUGUGCAAGCAUUGGAUAAAGACGCUGGGGUUAAUGCCCAAUUGUUCUAUGAAAUUGUAACUACAACUGGCAGUAACAACUUCAGAAUCGAUUCUUCAAGCGGCGCGAUAUCAACCGCGCGACACCUUGAUCGUGAAGCAAUGUCGUCGUACACCCUUAGCAUCAUCGCAAAAGACAAAGGCAAGCCUAGCUUGACAUCACAACCAUUCCUGCUGUCAAUUACAGUAACAGAUCAAAAUGAUAAUAGUCCGCAAUUUUUGAAAAGGCACGACAAUGAAACGAUAUCAGAAGGAGCAGGAAUAGGAAUGGAAGUUUUUGAAGUGCUUACAAAUGAUCUGGACAUAGGGAUGAACGCUGAAAUCGUGUAUUCCAUUGCAACUGGCAAUACAGGGAACGUUUUCAAAAUCGAUAAUAACACAGGCGUCGUCUCUGUGGAUGGAAAGUUGGAUAGAGAAACAACAAGCAAGUAUCUCUUGGAAGUUACUGCUACUGAUCUUGGAACUCCCGCGCGCUCUAAUACAACAACAGCCACAAUCGUUAUUACCGACGUGAACGAUAACAGUCCAGAGUUCGUUCGUUCAACAUUGUCAGGCAGAGUCUUCGAAAACAAACCGGCGGGGACUUCCGUUGUUACAGUUAGAGCAACAGACAAGGAUAUAGGAGAGAACGCCCGUUUAAAGUUCAGCCUGAAUGCUAACGAUGCAUUUAAAAUCAACGCGCAAACAGGAGAGGUGAAAACGCUGAAGACAUUGGAUCGGGAGGAAAAAGCACAAUACAACUUGGAAGUGACUGCCACAGACCACGGCGCCGUUCCACUUUCAACGACAGAGACACUAAGAAUCAUUAUUGAUGACGAAGAUGACAACUGUCCUGUUUUCAACCCUAAAGUAUACAAUAUCACGAUCGAGGAGAAUUUGCCACGCGGCACAAUCGUUCUGAAUGUUACUGCGACGGAUUUAGAUGUAGGCGUCAACGCUGAGCUGCAAUAUGCGAUAAAGGCAGGUGAUGACCAAGGUGGUUUUGCAAUUGACUCUACAACAGGAUCAAUAAGAAUCGAUGGGACGGUAGAUAGAGAACAUUCAGACAAGUAUCUUUUGAAGGUUAGAGCUGGCAGGAUCGACUGUGGCCAAAAGCAAACAAAUGACUCUAACAUUGGCGAAGGAGGCAGUGAACAAACAGACUACAAUCAUACACUGGCCUACGUACAUAUCCAUUUGACGGACAAGAAUGACAACCCACCGAAAUUUGCGAGGAAUGUGUUCUAUCACGAUUUUGAUAACAUGAUGGCAAAGAACCUCAUGAACGUUACCGCAAGCGAUCCUGAUUUGGGAGAUGGGGGAAAAGUCAAAUUCCGAAUGCUUAGCUCAAAAAGGGCUGAUCUGAAUGGCGAGGAAAGACGCGAAGUUGUUGUUGAAGCAAGUGAUCUGGGAAACCCAUCAAUGACGUCGAAUGCAACUGUCAUCAUAAGAAAUAAAAAAACUUGUAAAAAGAUGUCAUUUGAAGUGACAGAACCUGGUGCGCUAUCAACAACAACACUCUGCUCUUUCAAAGAGUACCCAACAGGAGUUCAUAACAGACUUGUUGGUGAAUCGUUCAGUCUAACCUGUAUCGCAGAAGGAAACGACCAAGUGUCUUAUCGUUGGAGCCGUGACGGCAAUAGCAUCGCAGCCUUUACUAGAUCGGGGGUAUUGGAAAUCGCAAAAGUGACAAAGAACGACCAAGGAACGUACGAAUGUUUGGCGAGAAACGGAGCUGGAACUGCCUCAGCACCCACGAACGCAAAACUGAUUGUGAAAGAAAAACCAAGUUUCUUAUUCCAUCCAAGUGACAUGACAGCUGAAGUUGGAGGCAUAAUUUCUCUGCAAUGCAAGGCGACUGGAGACCCAGCUCCUCGCUACCAGUGGCGGAAGAACGGGGAAAUAUUUCAGGCUGGUGAAGGCUACAAUACUGAUACACUGACGCUUGAUGGCGUGAUUCCGAAUGAUGCCGGGCAGUACUACUGCGAAGCAAUCAAUGCAGUUGGACGAGCGCAGUCUAAAACAGUCGUAAUCAAAGUUGUUGGUACGUAUGCUGCUUUUCUAGGGGUGUCGUUGAUGUUCGUUUGCAGCUUUAUCCUUUCAAAAUUCGAAGUCUUUUUUUCAUUACUACAUUGACAACGAAAAACGAAG